GUCUUCACCCCCUCCCCCCCACACACACAGGGAACCUGCUGGAUUUAUAACUUCACGGAAGCGCUGAAGUUUUUCACAGUAUAGAUGAGAACGACUGCAGCGAAAGACAAAAGCCAACAGUGGACAGGAAACAAAGUUAGCUAACUUGUUUUUUUUAUUUAGCUUUAGCGUUAGCAGCAAGUCUGGUUGAAUCAUUAGCUCUUUUGUAAACAGUUUCCUGAGUGAACUUCACAAAAGAAACUACUUUAAAAGCACGUGAAGCGAAUGACUUCUCUGUAAAGUGCAGCCUGCAGGAGUGUGAGUCCCUGGGAGACACCUGCACGGGUCGUCGUCAUGGCGAGUGCCUUGGCUGCCAAGUUGGGAUUCAACUCGCUGCUGAGGAAACAGAGCAGGAACUUCAACGUGAGGAUCUGCACCAUGGAGUCAGACAUGGAGUUCAGCUGCGAGUCCAAGUGGAAAGGAAAAGACCUUUUCGACAUGGUAUGCCGAGCUCUGGGGCUGAGGGAGACAUGGUUCUUUGGGCUCCAGUACAACAUCAAGGACACCGUUGCUUGGCUGAAGAUGGAAAAGAGGGUUCUGGAUCAGGAGGUGCCAAAGGAGGAACCGAUUACCCUCCACUUCCUGGCAAAGUUUUACCCUGAAAAUGCCGAGGAGGAGCUCGUGCAAGAUAUUACACAGCAUCUCUUCUUCUUACAAGUAAAGAGGAGGAUCCUGGAGGAGGAGAUUCACUGUCCGCCCGAGGCCUCCGUUCUCCUGGCGUCCUACGCUGUCCACGCCAAGUACGGAGACUACGAGCCCAAUGUUCACAAACCCGGCUUCCUGGCUGAGGAGGAACUUCUGCCAAAGAGAGUGAUUAACUUGUACCAGAUGACUGCAGAAAUGUGGGAGGAGAGGAUCACAGCGUGCUAUGCGGAGCACAGGGGCAGGACAAGGGAUGAAGCCGAGAUGGAGUAUUUAAAAAUAGCUCAGGACCUGGACAUGUAUGGCGUCAAUUACUUUUUAAUCAGGAAUAAAAAGGGAACAGAUCUCCUCCUGGGAGUGGACGCCCUGGGCCUGCACAUCUACGAGCCGGACAACAGGCUGACGCCCAAGUGCUCCUUCCCCUGGAAUGAGAUCCGCAACAUCUCCUACAGCGACAAGGAGUUUACCAUCAAACCUCUGGACAAAAAGACCAAUGUUUUCAAGUUCAACUCUUCACGGCUGAGAGUCAACAAAUUGAUCCUUCAGCUGUGUAUAGGGAACCAUGACCUGUUUAUGCGCCGGCGACGGGUAGACUCGCUUGAAGUGCAGCAGAUGAGGGCCCAGGCCAGAGAGGAGAGGGCCAGAAAACAGGUGGAGAGGCAGCGUCUGCAAAGGGAGAAGCAGCUGCGGGAGGAGGCAGAGAGAGCCAGGGACGAGCUGGAGAGGAGACUGAUGCAGCUGCAGGAUGAGGCUCACAUGGCCAACGAUGCCCUGCUGCGCUCGGAGCAGACGGCCGACCUGCUGGCUGAAAAGGCCCAGAUCGCGGAGGAGGAGGCCAAGCUGCUGGCCCAGAAAGCUGCCGAGGCUGUGACAGAGAUGCAGCGCAUCAAAGUCAGUGCCAUCCGCGGUCAGGAGGAGCGCCGGCUCAUGGAGCAGAAGAUGCUGGAGGCGGAGAUGCUGGCUCUCAAGAUGGCUGAGGAGUCGGAGAGGAGGGCCAAGGAGGCUGAGCAGCUGAAACAGGACCUGCAGGAAGCCAGGGAGUCGGAGCGCAGGGCAAAGCACAAGCUGCUGGAGAUUACCACCAAGGCUGUGUACACGUCCCCUGGACACCCGGGCGACAGCAUGCCUCCCGAUCUGAGCUUCAGCAGAGAGAACCUCAGCUUCGACUUUAAAGACACGGACAUGAAACGCCUCUCCAUGGAGAUCGAAAAAGAGAAGGUCGAGUACAUGGAGAAGAGCAAGCACCUGCAGGAGCAGCUGAACGAGCUGAAGACGGAGAUUGAAAGCCUGAAGCUGAAAGAGAGAGAGACUCCUCUGGACAUCAUCCACAACCAGAACGCAGAGCAGGGGACGAGCAAGCAGAGCAACUUUAAAAAGCUGACACUACAGAGCACCAAGACCAGAGUGGCCUUCUUCGAGGAGCUUUAAAACGACGUGAAGGUGAAGGAUGCACAAACAGCCUUGAACCUCUCGUUUCUACAUUCCUGCUCAGUGCAAAUGACUGACGACCCCACGAGGCCUCAUAUCUCAUUACUUCCUGAGAACCACUAUGAACAAAAACAUGACCACUGCCUUGAAUAUGUUCCUGCAUAUUAUUUCUUGUACUAAAUCUGGGAUUUUUAAACGUGUGUUCAGCGAGUGUGUGAAAUACAGAACAUUCCCUUCUAUAAAUUUUGAAGUGAACUCCGCUGAGGGUUUUAUUAGCGUUGGAGAAUAAAAAGGAAGACAAUGCGAAAAAGGGAACGAACAAAAAAGAAAAAGUGGUGUGAUAUGAUCUUUGGCGGCUCUCGUUACACUGUGGGCCUAACGAGACAGUAUUUGUCGAGCGGUUAUUGUAUCGUGCUCAAACGGGCUGACCUACAUUCACUGAUUCGCUGGUUUUAGAAAUUCAAACAGAAAACGAGCCACGGAGGGAUGAAGUCGAACAGGAGAGGGAUCCUAUGGCUGAGACUCUGACCCAAUUGCAGUAUGUACAGAUAAAUACUCCUUGACUUCCUUCUUCCUUUAAAAACUGACCAUUUAUCGUAUUCCAAUUAAUUCAAAAUGCCAACGAUUUCCUCCGUAUAAUACAUCAGAUAUUCUGUCUUUGCUUAACAACCUCAUGUCUGUCGCUGCCUCCAGCAGUUGAGUAGCUACGCUCCGCGCUCGAAAAGUGAAGAGACGAUCAUUUGUUGUUUCUUAGAAUCUGAACUGGAAGAAGGAACUGGGAUUUUAUUUUGUAGAUGUGAGCUUAUGUCACAUGUAUCAUCGAUCUCAUUUUAUUAUGUGGAACAAACCACUUUUUUUUGCGAAACAUGAAUUUGCAUCUAUUUUGAUCUGAUGUGUCUUUCUUGAAUUAAUGUGCUCGCUCCCUUUUUAAAGCAAUUUAUUUUUGGGAAUUGUAAACUGAAGACAUUUUAUUUUUUCUUUGCCUACAUUUAUCACACGAAGAGGAAGCAGUAUUUAAAAUACAACCUGUGGUGAAGUUACAUAUUUCUACGUGAACAACGUGACAGAUGUGUAUGUUCCUCCUGUAAAAUAAAUGAAUAUCAGGUGUUA